UUAUAUUCUAAAAUCAAAAUAUAUUUUCAGAGUCCAAAUUAUGAUCUAAGACUUAUUACGGAUGCAAGAAUUUGGUAUGGCGACUCCCAACAAAAAGGUCUUGUGUUACCUUUGUGACAUGCCUCGGUAUCCCUGGGCAGUCCUUAUGGAGUUUAGCGAGCCCGUCUGCCGGGGCUGUGUCAACUACGAGGGCCCAGAGCGCAUUGACGGGAUUAUCGAGAGCGCGCGCAAGAUGAAACGUUCGUUCAUGCUCGCUGAGAUGUCUAGACAAGGACAAGUGCGACCUUCGAGUUCCACUAGAGAAGUUUAUCUGAACGGAAAUGGAAGCAAUGAUGGGCGGUAUAUGGUGACACCCUCCCCUGUUCCAAGUGUUGGAGGAGGGGGGCUCAAGAGACCAACAGAUGACCCCCUCCCCAACCAACACAGGAAGAUGACCGCAGCAGAGUUUCUUUCCCGGUCACAGAUGAUGUCUGGACCAGCUUUAUCUGAUUCUGGUGUUAACGGGGUCCGAGGUAUUCAGAUCAACGGAUUUAACCAUAAUCCCAGCAGGAGUAGUAUAGAUGCACAAACUGAAAAGGUGAAAGCAGCAUUAAUCAAGGGAAGCUCUUAUGAUGGGCCCAAGACCUCAGGAUCAGGUCUUUUAGAGUCUAGUGGCCGGUUGUCCAGACCGGGCAGUGAACCAGGGCUUUCACCCCAUCCUCAAACCAACCAAGGAGCUGCAAGCUGCUCCAGACAAGUAACUUCCAGCUCUGAACUGGACAACAAGGAAGGCCCUAAACAAGAUCUUACAGAUGGACUCCCCAACAACCCCCAUCUGAAAUGCACUAUUUGUUCUCAACGUCUAGAGGAUACACACUUCGUUCAGUGUCCCACAAACCAAAAUCACAAGUUCUGUUUCCCUUGUUCUGCAGAUUCGAUAAAGAAGCAAGGACCGAAUACAGAGGUGUUCUGCCCGAGUGGUGAAAGAUGUCCGCUAGCUGGGUCCAAUGUUCCCUGGGCUUUCAUGCAAGGAGAGAUAUCAACAAUUCUCGAGCCGGUUAAUGGUCAGCAGGAGGAUGAAAUGGAACUAGAGGAAAGCGGGGAGAGUGAUAGUGAUACUGACGAAGGAAUCAUAUCGGAUAUUGGAACCAUAUGCGAUAAAGACCCAACUGACGAGGAAACGGAAGAUCAGGAUGAGUAGGUAAAUGAAUAAAAUGACAUCAACGUGGCUCAGAUUAAUAAUCUCAGUGAAUUACUAAGUGAAAAUAUUGCGUAAGAUGACGCAGGAAAACACAUCAGUUGAAAAUUAAUGAUGUUAAUUCAACCUGGGAAUCAGGUUGCCAAACAUGUGUAUUUGUCCAAUUAUUCCUUAUUCUAAAAAGUAAAAGUUGCACCAUAUACCACGGGAUAGGGGGGAAAAUUGUGAAGCAUGACAUCAAAAAGAUAACCUCAGGGGUAUUCCAGGGGUAAUUAGCCUCUCUACCUAGGCAGACCGCCCCUCCCUUUCAAUAUUUGCGCCCCCCCCCCCGUGUCCCAAGUCUUUAUAAACCCCCUGAACCAUAUCGAAACAGUGUGUAAAGUACGUACAAAGGACUUUUUGUAAUUCGUGGAUUCUACUGCUUUGAUCUAGGGUAUGCAAGUUUUAUUUCAUAUUUUGCGUACAGUCCCUUUAUUACCCCCUUUUCCUGUAUCUAGUAUAUUAGUUCGAUGAUUAUGUUCAUGAAAAAGCAAGGACAUUGCCAAUAAUAUCUGUGUUGUAGUUAGUUUAAGUUUUAAGAUUGAUUAUAUAUUCUUGAUUCAUUGUUUUAAUAAAGAUUUGUAUAACUCGGAA